AGUUCUGCAUGUAACAAAAAAGAUGAAAAGAAAACGCUAUUUAUUUCUACCUGGCGGGAAAAACGGGAGGAAAACUAGGCUUCUUCCUCCAUCGCACAAACACUGUAUCUCUAAAUAACUAUCAAAUGAGAUGAAGUUCAAAGCUUUCCUCACUCAAGACGGCGUCAAUUUACUGGACAAGCGUUUCCUGCCUUCCCUCGAUAAAAUCGGGCGUGUAUGCCACCUCUACCUAACCCGCGACCACGCCAUCUUUCUCCACAAUCUCCUUGGCGGCGAUGGCGUCCAGUCUGUAGCUCAAUUCAAAAAAGAGGUACUUUUCCACGACUACCGUAUCUCCAGCCAGAACGAUGACCGCAUCGCUUUCGCCAUUGACGUCGCCCUUCUCCAUCGAGCGCUUCGCAGUGCGCAGACCAUCCAACUCCAGUCCCAAGAUGAUACUGUUGCUAUUCAGAUCAAGCUUGUCAAGAAGCUCCCUGUUGGAUCCCUUAACCCGGCGCCAUUCUUGACGUUUGAGACCAAAGGAGUGAAGUCUGCCGUUGUUCAGGAUGUCCCUAUCUCAAAAUCCCUUUCCAGGGCUGAUGUUAUGCAGCUUCAGACUGCUCUUGAUUCUGCUCAGGAUCUCCCUCAGACUCUGGUUCAAGUCCCGGAUCUCUCUCAGUUGCAGAACUUGGUGGACCGACUAAAGAAUGUUGGAGAAUUGUUGAUGUUGGCCAUUACUCAGUAUGGUGACCUCCAUCUUCAGGUUUCUACCUCCCUUAUUACAGUUGGAUCUGAGUUUAGGAGGCUCAAGGUACUUGGGAUUCGAGCUGAUGCUCCCACUGGUGAUCAAAACCUAAGUGCACCAACCCGUACAGAAAUGGCAAUUCAGAGAGGAGAAGCACUCUCAGUGCAAGUGAGCUUGAAGCACCUAGCAAAGAGCUUGCAGUGUCAUCUGGCUAAACCUGAUUGUGCUUUCUAUGGCAUAUCUCCGCAGGGUGUUUGCUUGACAGUGAUAUUCCAGUUCUUUGUUCCUGGAACAAGGUUGACGGAUAAAUCUAUUAGCUUUCACUGCAGGCUUCCUGUCCUCGAUACAGGUUCAAACUGAGACAACGAAAUAUAAAGAUGCUAAUCCUUAUAGUUCUUAAAGAAACUUUUUUGUUACUUGUUGGGAUGCUGCAUUAAAAAGU